AUGAUUUGGCUUUCAAACCGGAUGGCUCAGAGCUACUCGUUGCUGCCGAUACAAAAGUGCUUAUAUACGACGGCAGUGAUGGCACUUUAUUACAAUACCGUGCUCUUUCCCAUUUAUUCAGGACACAAGGACCUUGUGUACGCUGUUGCUUUUGCUCAUAAUGGCGAACGCUUUGCGUCUGGUUCGGCUGAUCGUUCGGUUAUCAUAUGGACCGAGCAGCACGAAGGAACGCUUAAAUACACGUACAAUUUACUGAGUCUUGCUCCUAUCAAAUCUCCGCUUUUUCGAUAUGAAAUGUUAAUUCAAUGGAUUUAG